AUGGCGGACGUGUCUUUGGAUGAAGUGAUACGACAACGCGGAAUAAACGUUAUGGUACCGCCUAAACGAACUAUGUUUGGACGGGGCGCAGGAGGGGUUGGGGUUGGCAAGACUUUUGAUGCCCGUCAAAGGAUUGGCAUAAAUGAUGCUCGGCAACGACUUGGAGGUGGAACAGGUUUUCCUGUGAAAGAUGCCAGAGAAAAGCUGGUUCUGAAAGAUGCUCGCUUUAAGAUCCGUGGAAGGGGUGGAGCAGCAGCUGGAGCAGCAGCAGCAGGAGGAGUCCAAGACGCUCGUCAGAUGAUAAACUCGCGUAAACAGCAGCAGAAUGUGUUCACUGUGCCUGUUCAGACCACCCAAAAGACAGCAAUGACACACCAACUGCAGAGCCACAGACUUGUGCCACAGAUUAAGAUCCAAGCUAACAACAACUUUGCAGGCGUCAACGCAAGGCUGUUUGCCCCAGCUUUGCAAGGACUGAGUGGGAGAGACGGCACGAUGGGCCAACUUAACAAGAGAAUGACAGAUGCUCGUGAUAGGCUGAGCCUUAAGAGGAGCUUGAGUAGUGGGCCGCAAAACCAGGCGUCCACUCUGUUGCCUCUAAAAAUAACCAAAACCAUCCAGCAACGCCCAGUUGGGGUUUUAGGAGGAAUGAGUCUUCACUCACAGCCUGUCUCAAAUGAUCACGACUGCACCCCAAGUAAACAAAUCAAAAUCACUACUCCAAACAAUUUGCUACAAUCACGGGAUAGUCCAGCAAGCUCCCCAUUUUCCAUGUCAGCCCCAAUAACCAAGGUCGUUAAAAAUGAUGCUUAUUCAGCCCCUCGGCCUCCUGUUCCCGUUGCCCCCUCCCGGCCCACUUCUAGCACAGCAGCCCUUCGGCCUCCAGCCACAGCUUUGAAACCUGUCUCUAGGACUCUACAGCAGAGCUCAGUUCAGCCUAGCACAGCUACUCCUGUCCCUCAGCCUGUUUUCAGCCCUUUGGAGGGAACAAAAAUAACCGUGAAUAACUUGCAUCCGCGUGUCACAGAAGAAGACAUAGUGGAGCUUUUUUGCGUGUGUGGUGCCUUGAAACGAGCACGCCUGGUGAAGGUGGGCGUAGCUGAAGUGGUAUUUGUCCGCAAAGAUGAUGCUGUAAGUGCAUACAGGAAGUACAACAACCGCUGCCUGGAUGGUCAGCCUAUGAAGUGUAACAUUCACAUCCAGGGAAAUGUCAUCACUUCGGAUCAGCCCAUUCUCUUGCGACUCAGUGACACCCCAGGUGCCAGCAGCGGGGCCAAGAAAGAUGGUCUUCCUCCCUCUUUGUCACGUUCUGCAAGCCAGCGAACUUCUCAGCCAACUGCUGAAGUGGACCCUCAGACAAUCCUCAAGGCUCUGUUUAAAUCCACCGCACAGUCCUCUACUACUACCGAGCCCUCCAGCUCACAGGCCACUGCCUUCCGCAUUAAAAUAUAG